AGACUGACAGCUGGUGUUCAGUGUUCACCUCUAGGAGGGUAAUCAUUUGUGGGCGUGUGACGGCUAAUGUUCACUUUCGCUGACGUUAUAAUGUAGUACUGUGCUUCAACAACUAAUGUCUUUAAACGUGUAACAAGGUGUAAUGGUGCGACAAGACGAGCCCAGGAUGGGUCAGGGUGGUUUGUGUGGAGUGACCACACCUGGUGUAGAUUCAUUGACUCCUAUAUUACCUGCUACUUCUCUCACAAGCACCUCAAAUGGCACUGCCUCUGAAGUACAGGAAUCGUUAUCAAGUCUGAUGUCAGCUGAAGGAACUGUGAACCAGGAGGACCUUAUUUCUAAGUUUCGUGCAGUCAUCAAUGAGAACCUGGAGCUGAAAGAAACAGUGACACAAAACAACCUCGCUCUCCGGCAACAAUUAGGACUUGUGGUGAAGUGGAGGCAGCAGAACGAAUUACAUCAACAGCAACAACGGCAGCGCAUCAAUGAGUUCUCUCAGCAACUGUCAUCACUCCAGCAAGAAAAUGCCUCUCUUAGAUCUCAGCUUACUGGUUCUAAGUCUUCAGAGGAAUCUCAGCCACGUUUCCGAGAACUGGAUGAAACUAUAAAGUUGUUGAACACGCGUUUGGAGGUUGCCGAGAGGAACCUGCGUCAAAUACAAGAGGAAAAGGAGAAGCUGAUGGCACAGAGGUCCAGGCUAGAGGGAGACAUUACACUUCUUAAGUGUGAUGUGACAACAACUCGUAGUGAGCAGGAGCGGUUGCAGCUAGAGAGAUUUGAACUUUUAAGCACAGCCAGUGAACUCCGACAGCAGCUGCGUCAGGUCAGAGAAGGUGCUGCUGCCCAAGCUCGCUCUCUUGAAGCCAGUCCUGUUUAUGAGGGCGGACUCCCUACUGAAGCAGCAGUUCAGAAGUUACGUGAUCAGCUAAGAAAAGAGCAAGACACGUCUGCUACACUCUUACAGGAGUUGCACGACACACGCACACAGGUUGAAGGUUUAGAGUCAGAGGUCCAGAGAGCUCAAGAGGAAGCCGCUCUUCACCGUGAACGCUUCCGCACCUUGCAGGCCAAGGCUGACGCAGUGCUCACCCAGGCUGCACCAUCGAGCCGUGCACCUGAUGCCCUUAUGAAGGAUCCAGUGGACGCCUUAGAGAAAAAACGACUUCGAGAUGAAGCAGCCAUGCUCCGUGAAGAAGUGGACACCCUUGAAGCUGCCCUGGAAGCUGAGAGACAAAAGAAUAGUGAUGAGAGGACAGCUGUCUCCAGAGCUCACACUGAAAUAAAUCGACUCAAGAAAGAACUGCAGGAGGUGAAAGAUCGCUCUGAAAGGGACACACACAAUGACCAAUAUUAUCAGGUGAAGAUAAAGUCUAUUAGUGAGAAGUAUGAUGAAACAACAGCCAAACUCAUGUCUUAUGAGGAGUUGUUAGCUGCCAAGAAUGAUGAACUGUCCAAAAUUAAGAAAGAUCUUGGUCAGGCAAAGGCCACUCUGACAGAACGCACAAGUGAGGGGGAGAUAAAUGCGAUACUCAGAGCUCAGGUGGAAGUCUACCAAGGAGACUUCAGAGCAGAACGUGAAGCAAGAGAAGCUCUAGCUACUGACAGAGAGAAACUGAGAGAUGAAUUACGUCACCUCCAGACUCGAAACACACAGCUCAUAGACGAACUGGAGGCUUACCAGCGAAGACAUCUUAAUCAAGGUCAAGGACGAGGUUCCAGAGCUGCUUCAGAAGAGCCGGCAGCAGCAGCAGCAGGGGCUACCUCUGGUGGAGCUUAUCUUGCACUUACUCCAGAGGCAUUGUGGGAAAAACUUUCCAACUCAUCUGACAAAAAGGAAGAAGAGAAGAAGGAGGAGGAGUUGGAUGAAAACCUCUUCUAUUGCCCUAAGUGCAAUAAAUCCUUCACUCAGUACCGUCCUCUAGAAGAACACGUAAAUCGAUGUCUGGAUGAGGAUUAGGCCACUUUAGACUUUCAUUUGUGUUUUAAGGAAUGAGCUUAGAAUAUUAUUUCAUUCAAAUGCACACAGUACUGUAAUUACUUAUGAUUAAACCCUUCACAGCAUCAUUUGGGACCUAUAUCUUUACUCUGACACAGCACACAGUACUCUCCUUACUUUCUGAGGGUGUGGUAGGUACAUUUUCUUUAUACAUAUAUGUAUGGGAAUGCUAAUCAGACAGAUGGUCCAGCAUAACAUCCAUAAUGGUAAUAAUAAGCCACACACCGGACUAACAAUGUGAUAAUACACCAGUCAAAUGGCUAUAAUAAAAAUUGUAACGUAAGAUUGAACAAAAAUACUGCAUGUACAGUACAGUAUAGGUGUCCUUCAUAACUUAAUGAGGAAGCAUUGAAAAUAGAUCAGUAACUUUUAAAAUCAUAAACUCGUACAUUUAACUUCAUAAGGGAAAAAUUUAUUAACUUUUGUUUUGACUGAAAAAUCAAACCUUAAUUUAAACCCAAACCCAUUUUUUUCUCAUACUCUAUAUUAUGAAUUUAUAAAUUAUUGAUAUAAGAGUUAACAUUACUGUGCAGUGUCCACAAAAUAUGACAGUUUAAGCUUUCCCAAGAAAACAUGUUAUCUGUCUAUGUGGUGAAGGUAGCAUCAACACUAGUGGCCCUUGGUGGGAAAUUCAAGUGAUCACUUAAUGUUAUCAUCAUCAUCACCAUCAUAAUAAUCAUAACCAUUAUCCACGCUGGAUGCCCUUCCUAUCCCCAACCCUCUUUUACAAGAGUGGGAACUGGGCAUUAUAUGUAGGCUUCCAGUACCUCUUAGCUAACAAGGCAGAUUACUACUCCUUGAGGUGAUCUGUCUACUUUUUUCCUUAACUUUUAAAACAAUGGAGCAAUUAAAACUCCACUUACUUAUGAUUCACUUUCAAAUUUGAGAUACAGUAAUUAAGGUACAUAGGAGAGGUAGCACCACUUCCUUAAGGCUCUGUAGUAAUAAAAAAAAAAAGAGUAGCUUUUCUUGAAGUUUACUUAUGGUAUGAAAUGCUGCAUUGGUAUUAAAGACAAAUAAUUUGUUCUUUUAUUGCAGCCACUGAUACCAAUUGGCUCAGCCAAGUGUCUGAAACAUCACUUCUAUUUUUCUCUUUGAAACUAACAUUCGUUUUUUCUUCUGCUAAUUUAUUUUCAUCAUUGUGCUUUAUUAUUAACUUUCUCCUUGUACUGUACACACUCUUCAACUCAUUCAUUAUCAUUCACCAGAUCUGUGCCCUCUGCAGACAGCAGUUGAUGCCCCUUAUUUACACAUGUUUUUCCACCAGCACCAAGUGUAGAAAAACUUGUGCUUUACCUCUGGUGUUGUACUUAAUGAACGUCAACCUUUCAGGUUUGUCAUACUUGAAUAACAAUAGUUCCUAAUAAUUCAGCUCUCUGAAUAUAAGGUCACUGACCUAUUUUGGGGCAUUACAGGUCUUGUCUUGUCAUGUUUUAUGCCAAACUUUGGUUCUACUGUGCACUAUUUUAGCAUGCUAGACGUCAUAGGUUUGAUCAUGUAAUAAACACUAGUCACCUCUCUCAUAACUUGACUACUGUGACCUGUUUUUGUUUUGUUUGUUUUUUUCAGAAUAUAAAGGAUGCAUUUUAGUGCUAGUUCUACAUUAAGGCAACAAGCUAGCCUCCAGACUUUGUAUUCACAAUAUUCUGAAUAAUGUCUACCAGUAAUGAUCAAUAUUCUCUGCAAGUAUAGUCUAUGACUUCCAUGUUGGAAAAUUUGGGUCACUGUGUUAAGUUUAAGGUCUGUCUUUUGUUGUGAAAUAAUACAAUAAACUACUGUACACACUUUUUGUGCAUAAACUUGUAAAAUAA